ACUCAUCAGAUCAGCCUCACAAUUCAGUCCUGACCUUUCACUGGUGGCCUUCAGCAGAGUUAAUGUUUAAAAACUUUUUAGUGCUCAGUUCCUGCUCGAUAAAAUAAUCUGAUUUAAACUGGAUUACGGAACGAGAUGCUGAAUACCACAAGACAUUAGAGUACACCAUAGCAUGAUGACUCUUAACGUCAGAGUCUCUUAAAGGCACAGAACACAUUUAAGAUGUGUUAUUAUCGGUCAGCACAUGGUGCCUGAAAUUCAAAUAUGUCACGCUGAGACCAAGCCGAAGGUACUGAUGUCAUGGUAUAUUAAUAAACCAUCACUUGAUCUGCGUUUACUCAGAGAAUGUCACAAGGACAACCCUGUGUCGGGUGCUAAAAUGUGGCAAAAGACCUAUUUGACCUUUGCUCUCCUGGUGAUGGUGGCCUGGGCUGACCACCAUGAGGGCCACAAUCACACAGACCAUUCUGCAGAUCACCAUUUAGAAGAACGCACAAUUUACAAUACUGACUUUGCCUUUGCCUUAUACGAGAAACUCUCCAACAAUGCUGACGCCAAAGGCAAAAACAUCUUUUUCUCUCCACUGAGCAUCUCCAUGGCUCUGUCCAUGCUGGCUCUGGGAGCCAAAAAAGAGACCCACUCACAAAUCUUCAGCACUCUGGGCUACAGCUCCCUCACAGAGGAUCAGGUCAAUGAAGCCUAUGAGCACCUGCUGCACAUGCUGGACCACAGCCAGGAGGCCAUGCUGCUGGAGACCGGAGGUGGUCUGGCUGUCCGAGAAGGUUUCAAACCUGUCGACAAGUUCCUGAAAGAUCUUCAGCACUUCUACCAUGCAGAGGCCUUCACUGUGGACUUUUCCAAAGCUGACGUUGCUGUCCAAGAGAUCAACAAGUUCAUCGCUAAGAAGACCAAUGACACCAUCACUGACAUGGUCAAGAGCCUGGACCCAGAUACCAUCAUGGUGCUCAUCAACUACAUCUAUUUCAGAGGUAAAUGGCAGAAGCCUUUUCUAGAGGGGGCCACCCACAAAUCCAACUUCUAUGUGGACGAGAACACGACGGUCACUGUGGACAUGAUGAUAUUAAGGGAUGCAGAAUUCAAUUUCCACAUAACCAAAAGCUUCUCCAUUAUCCAGUUGUGCUACACUGGCAAUGCCUUCAUGUUGAUCAUUCUUCCUGCUGAGGGAAAAAUGGAGGAAGUAGAGAAACAAAUGAGUAGUUUUCAGAUCAGGAACUGGCUGGACAAAGGACACCAAAGGUCUGAAAUUUAUAUGCCCAAGUUCUCCAUCUCUGCCUCUGCCUGUCUUGGGGACAUUCUAAAGGAAAUGGGUAUUGUUGAUGCAUUCUCAGACAAGGCAGACUUCUCUGGAAUGAGUGAGGAUACAGAACUGAAGGUUUCUAAUGUUCUCCACAAGGCAGUCCUCACUGUUGAUGAGAAAGGUACUGAAGCAGCUGGUACUACCACUGUAGAUGUAAUCGAUAAGUCAAUGCCAUUAAUCAUCAAAAUCAACAGACCCUUCUUGGUCUACAUUUGGGAAGAAUCUCUCAAGAGCCUCCUCUUCAUGGGAAAGAUUGUCAACCCUACUCUAUGAUAAGUCUAAUGAACUUGAUUUAGUUUUAAAUUUCAAAUAUAUCAGCAAAUGCAUUUAGUGGAAUUGGAUUAGUCUUAUAAU